AUGACGGAAUGGUUGGGAGAAAACCAAGUGGUUGCUGUAAUCAUAUUCAUCAUCGCAGGCAUUGGCAUGUCUUGCAAUUGGUUCGUGGUAGCUUUCAUUAGCCAAGUUCCUACUCUUCAAAAUGCUUUUGGCAGACUCACCACCUCCCAAGCAUUAUCAGAGGCAGUACACUUGACAAUUUUCACAUUUUUUGUUGCUCCUAUGGUUUUUUUUCAGGUCGAUGCGAUGGAAGAUAUUUCAAAAUACUUCGGUCAUGUUUUACUUAUAUGCUAUGAUAUCUGUAUAUAUUGCCAUGUUCUUAUCUCUUUGAACAGAAUGACAGCAGUAAUGCUACCUCUUCAGUACGAGAGAAUAUUCAGUAUGAGAAACACAAAGAAGAUGAUCAUCGUUGUUUGGGCUCUUGCUAUUCUCCCUUCGAUAUACUUCUAUAUCAUAGAAGACUGCGACUUCUAUUAUACAGGAGACUAUUGGCAUUUCGUGUUUAGUUCGACACCUGUCUGUGCCGUCAUUGCCUGGUACACAGACUUUUUGAAAUAUGUCUCCAUCGUUAUAAUGAUUGCAUUCAUUGAUAUGUUCACACUCGUUCGUGUUCAUGCUUUAAAUGUUUCUGUCUUUCGCAACGGCACGUCAUCAACUGUACGAAGAUGCCGCAAAGCAGAUGAACUAAACUUCUUGGAGCAGACUUGCCUGCAAGGUGCGUUCUUUGUAUGCGAAUUGUUAACAUAUUUCGUACUGUACCAAUACUUCGAGAGUCGAUAUAUCAAGUUCUUUUUCACUACCUUCGCAUGGAUCUGUGUUCAUUCGGCUGAUGGAUUCAUAACUCUCAUAUUCAAUAAAGACUUUCAUCAGAUUUGGAAAAAAAGUGUUCGAAAUAUCAAAAUUGACGCGAAAACUUUCACAACAAGUCACAGUAAAACUCCAAAUGGUCUGGGCAAUUCACGCGAUGAUACUUCGAAUCGAUUUUAA